UUGAAUCUAGGCUGUGUCUUUAGAUUUCGAGAAAAUCAACAUGGAAGAAAAUUUGACUUCUCAAACCCCGGCCUGGUCUAUUUCGCAAGCGGUCCAGGAAGUCUCGCGAGGUUGCGCCUCUGGGUUUUAAGAAACUCUGUGGUAGAAUCUACUGUCAAGGGGACUGUAUUGAACAGUUAAGCGAACGUCGACCUCAGCGUUUUCUAUAGGAACGUAUUGUAACACUCCAUAGCUUCAACCAUGAGGAGUGUGUACCUCUUGCUGCCCGCACUGAUACUUCUCCUGGCACUGCCCGUCUCCAGGGGACGCUACAACGAUGACUUUGACGACGGGGAAGACCUGGCAGACUUUGCAGACGACAAUGACUUUGCUGAGUUUGAGGAUGUGAGCGAGGACACUGCGACCGAGCCAGAGACGGCCCCUCCACCCCGUGGGGCCUCCCCUGCUCAGCCUGCUGAGGACGAUGAGGACGAGGCCACAGUGGAGCUGGAGGAAGACGGACAGGAGGACGGCUUUGAGGAUUCCGAUACACAGGAUCAAGACAUGUACAGCAAGUACGAUCCAGACGAGUUUGAUGGCAUGGAGAAACCCAGCCAGUCCCUUAAAGACCCUCUGAUCAUCCACACAGUGCCGGCCCACCUUCAGAACAGCUGGGAGAGCUACUACAUGGAAAUUCUAAUGGUGACGGGCCUGCUGGCCUAUAUCAUGAACUACAUCAUCGGCAAGAACAAGAACAGCCGUCUGGCCACAGCCUGGUUCAACUCCCACCGAGAGCUCCUGGAGAGCAACUUUGCCUUGGUGGGUGACGAUGGGACCAGUAAGGAUGCAGUGAGCACCGGGAAGCUGAACCAGGAGAAUGAGCACAUCUACAACCUGUGGUGCUCAGGUCGAGUGUGUUGUGAGGGCAUGCUCAUCCAGCUUAAGUUUGUGAAGAGGCAGGACCUGCUGAAUGUACUGGCCAGGAUGAUGAGGCCAGUCUGUGAUCAAGUGCAAAUCAAAGUUACUCUGAAUGAUGAGGACAUGGAUACGUUUGUGUUUGCUGUGGGCACCAAAAAGGCCAUGGCCCGGAUGCAAAAGGAGAUGCAGGACUUGAGUGAGUUCUGCAGUGACAAGCCCAAGUCAGGGGCAAAGUACGGCCUUCCUGAGCUCCUGGCCAUCCUGACAGAGAUGGGUGAGGUCACGGAUGGUGUGAUGGACAGCAAGAUGGUUCAUUAUAUCACCAACCAUGCUGACAAGAUCGAGUCCAUCCAUUUCUCUGACCAAUUUUCUGGUACAAAAGUUGUGCAAGAGGAUGGACAGCCCUUAAAACUGCCUGAGACCAAGAAGACGCUGCUGUUUACAUUUAAUGUGCCUGGCAUGGGGAACACGUCUCCCAAAGACAUGGACACUCUGCUUCCCCUGAUGAACAUGGUCAUCUACAGCAUCGACAAGGUCAAGAAACUCCGCCUCAACAGAGAGGGAAAACAGAAGGCGGAUAAGAACCGUGCCCGUGUGGAGGAGAACUUCCUGAAGCAGACCCACAAUCAGCGCCAGGAGGCUGCUCAGACCCGACGGGAAGAGAAGAAGAGGGCUGAGAAGGAGAGGAUCAUGAGCGAGGAGGAUCCUGAGAGACAGCGCCGCCUGGAGGAGGCUGCUCAACGUCGUGAUCAGAAGAAGAUUGAGAAGAAGCAGAUGAAGAUGAAGCAGAUCAAAGUCAAAGCCAUGUGAGGACAGACAGCUACAGGGAUUCAAUCACACAGCUCAGACGGUUUCCACUGCUUCCAUCCAUCUCUCUCACUUCAGCGCCCAGUUCUGGCUCACAGGCUCACACAGACAUUCCCUUCUCCAUGGGUGUGUCAAGCUUAGCUGUUUCUGUUCUCAUGGAAACACUUUGUCCAAUCAGAGUGGUGUUUUCCUUGGCUGUGAGUGAGCUGCUAGUGACAAGCGAGAGGGACAGAGGAGUUUCACAUAUCAAGUCUGUCGCCAUGACGACCCGUGCAAGUUUUUUUUUUUUUUUUUGACUUUCUUCUGCCUUGGUUUUCAUUGCUCUUUUCAAAGCAAGUCGGCUCAAUGAGCCUAUUAAUCAAAUCGACAGGUUUGAUUAAUCGACAUUGGGGGUUGCACCUCUUGGUGGGAAAUAAAAUGCUCAUAUUUUAAAAGGAAUGAAGGCAUGUGAGGCCUGUUUGAAUUAUUAAGUUAACACUGUGGAUGCUACAAGACGAGAUGCAAAGUAUCCAAUUUUAAUUUAUAUCUACAGUGGGGAGAACAAGUAUUUGAUACACUGCCGAUUUUGCAGGUUUUCCUACUUACAAAGCAUGUAGAGGUCUGUAAUUUUUAUCAUAGGUACACUUCAACUGUGAGAGACAGAAUCUAAAACAAAAAUCUAGAAAAUCACAUUGUAUGAUUUUUUUAAGUAAUUCAUUUUCAUUUUAUUGCAUGACAUAAGUAUUUGAUCACCUACCAACCAGUAAGAAUUCCGGCUCUCACUGUUCUCCACUCAUUACCUGUAUUAACUGCACCUGUUUGAACUCGUUACCUGUAUAAAAGACACCUGUCCACACACUCAAUCAAACAGACUCCAACCUCUCCACAAUGGCCAAGACCAGAGAGCUGUGUAAGGACAUCGGGGACAAAAUUGUAGACCUGCACAAGGCUGGGAUGGGCUCCAGGACAAUAGGCAAGCAGCUUGGUGAGAAGGCAACAACUGUUAGAACAAUCAUUAGAAAAUGGAAGAAGUUCAAGAUGACGGUCAAUCACCCUCGGUCUGGGGCUCCAUGCAAGAUCUCACCUCGUGGGGCAUCAAUGAUCAUGAGGAAGGUGAGGGAUCAGCCCAGAACUACACAACAGGACCUGGUCAAUGACCUGAAGAGAGCUGGGACCACAGUCUCAAAGAAAACAAUUAGUAACACACUACGCCGUCAUGGAUUAAAAUCCUGCAGCGCACGCAAAGUCCCUCUGCUCAAGCCAGCACAUGUCCAGGCCCAUCUGAAGUUUGCCAAUGACCAUCUGGAUGAUCCAGAGGAGGAAUGGGAGAAGGUCAUGUGGUCUGAUGAGACAAAAAUAGAGCUUUUUGGUCUAAACUCCACACACCAUGUUUGGAGGAAGAAGAUGGAUGAGUACAACCCCAAGAACACCAUCUCAACCGUGAAGCAUGGAGGUGGAAACAUCAUUAUUUGGGGAUGCUUUUCUGCAAAGGGGACAGGACGACUGCACCGUAUUGAGGGGAGGAUGGAUGGGGCCAUGUAUCGCGAGAUCCUGGCCAACAACCUCCUUCCCUCAGUAAGAGCAUUGAAGAUGGGUCGUGGCUGGGUCUUCCAGCAUGACAACGAUCCGAAACACACAGCCAGGGCAACUAAGGAGUGGCUCCGUAAGAAGCUUCUCAAGGUCCUGGAGUGGCCUAGCCUGUCUCCAGACCUGAACCCAAUAGAAAAUCUUUGGAGGGAGCUGAAAGUCCGUAUUGCCCAGCGACAGCCCCAAAACCUGAAGGAUCUGGCGAAGGUCUGUAUGGAGGAGUGGGCCAAAAUCCCUGCUGCAGUGUGCAAACCUGGUCAAGAACUACAGGAAACGUAUGAUCUUUGUAAAUGCAAACAAAGGUUUCUGUACCAAAUAUUAAGUUCUGCUUUUCUGAUGUAUCAAAUACUUAUGUCAUGCAAUAAAAUGCAAAUGAAUUACUUAAAAAUCAUACAAUGUAAUUUUCUGGAUUUUUGUUUUAAAUUCCAUCUCUCACUGUUGAAGUGGACCUAUGAUAAAAAUGACAGACCUUUACAUGCUUUGAAAGUAGGAAACACUGCCGAUUUUGCAGGUUAUCAAAUACUUGUUCUCCCCACUGUAAGUGACAGUCCUUACAAGUUAUGUAUGUUCGGUGAUUUUCUAAGCAAACAAUAAAAUGCACUGGAAGUUA